GCCUCAUAGAUUUCGAUAUGUGGCGUGCGGUGGAAUAUACGACUCAAAAAAGGAAGAAGAUGAAAGGAUACGAGUACGACCCAAUCUUUAUUUUCUUCUUCAUUGGGAAGAUUACGGUGCCAUAGAUGUAGCAAAUAAGAAAGACAAUGAUACUUCUCAAAGUCAGCAAAAAUGCAGAACCUGAUGCAGAGAAUGCAUAUGCCAGUUUCCAAGGGCUUCUACAGCUUGCUAAGAUAACCAAUGCUGAUGUGGAUCUUUCCCGUGGAGCUUGCAAGAAGUGUGGCCGUGUUGGGCACCUCAAGUUCCAGUGCAAGAACUAUGUGAAACUUCAUGAUGAAAAGGUGGAGAAGGAUCUUGAAGCAAUGCAGCCACUGGGGUUGGUUGGAAUAGAUAAUUUGAAGGGAAAAUCUGAGGUGAAUAAGAGAAACAAUGUUGAGAGCUCAGAAGAGGAGGAAGAGGAUAAUGAGAGUUCAGAUUCUGAGAUUGAUUCAGAGAUAUUGAGAGAGCAAUUGCUCAAAGGUCUGGGAAGGGAGGUUCUUAUAGACAGAAGAAGGAGGAUUCAGAUGAUGAUGAUGAGUCAACUGACAGUGAUUCAAGUGAUGGAGAUAAUUUUCUUUAGACACAUAUCUAUUUUUAUUAGACACAUAUCUACCGGUGGCUGCCACCGUGCCACAUGUACCGAACCUGGUGUAGUCGCAUGAUUCGUGCUUGCCUGUGCCUCUGGCCAUUGUAACAACAAUUCUCUUGAAGCUUGAAACGAUACUCUUUCCGGCUUCUCCACCUCCCAUAUUUUUUCAUUUCUUCUCUUCCAUAAGCACCACAAUAUCAUCGCAAAGUAGCUUUUUUGAGGCUCCUGCAGCGCUGCUAGACCUGCAAAACAUAAA